UCGCCAGUGCUGCCAGAUAGUUCUACGCCCGCUUGAACGUGCUUAGACCGCCCUGAAGGCGCUGCCCUGUGAAUGGCCAAUGAUAUUUGUUUUGACUCGACUUUCGAACAUUUCUGUUUCUGGAAAUAAAAACAUUUUGCAGAUAACCCAUCUAUAGAUCACCUAUCUAUAGCACACGAUGCAUCCUGGUCAAAUCGAGGUCAACGAGGUCAAUGGCUAUUGGACAUUCCUACUCAGCAUCGAUUGGAAGGAUCCGUGGCUUAUUGGCCUUAUAAUGGUGCACAUCCUGACCACCACAACGGCGCUGCUCAGCCGGAACAAUACGAAUUUCCAGGUUUUCCUGUUCCUAGUACUGCUGCUGGCCGUUUACUUCACCGAGAGCAUAAAUGAGUACGCGGCGCAGAACUGGAGUUCCUUCUCCAAGCAGCAAUACUUCGAUAGCAACGGCCUUUUUAUCUCGACAGUUUUCUCAAUUCCUAUUUUGCUCAACUGUAUGUUGUUGAUUGGCACUUGGCUGUACAACUCCACACAGCUUAUGGUGACUUUGAAAACAGCCCAGCUGAAGGAGCGCAUUCGAAAGGAACGCCAAAAUAAGACGGAAUCGGAAUCCGCAGCACAACACGUCAAGGCGGAAUAGAAUUUAAAUUUAGAACGUAGGCUGUUAAAAACAUAAGAAGAGCUGUGAGAAUUGUACUUUCAGGAUAGCAUAAUCAGAGAUCUUGCACUGUGGGCUUCAAAUAGAGUUUGCUGCCAUUUAGUAAUAGUUGUCUGCAAAGCUUACGGCUUCUAUUAAUUAAAUUCAAAUAAAAAUAAACAUUAAAAA